CAUGCGCAGUCUUGACCCGGUCCAGCUUUGUUAUGUUGCUGCCCGCUAUUGCUAACUAACAAGCGCAGCAUUUCCUUCGGUUUCCGGAGGCAGCGAUGGACACCGAAGCGUUAUUGGAAGCGUUUCAAGAUUUUGAGAAGAAAACAAAAAGGGAUACAAGCCCAGUAUUGGAGCAAUACCUUUGUCAUGUUGCCAAGACCGGAGAAGCAACGAUUCCGUGGUCACAAUUCAAAUCCUACUUCAUGUUUAAGUUGGAGAAUGUCAUCGAUGAUUUUCACUCAUCGACGCCUGAGCAGAGAGGCACACGCAAUCCCAAUGUAGAGCACGUUCCUUUUGAAGAGAUGAAGAAGAGGAUAUUAAAAAUAGUUGACAGUUAUAAUGGAAUCCCAUUCACCAUUCAGCGUCUGUGUGAGCUGCUCACUGAUCCCAAGCGGAACUAUACAGGAACAGAUAAGUUUCUCAGGGGUAUAGAAAAGAAUGUAAUGGUGGUCAGCUGUGUGUACCCUAUAUCUGAGAAAAAUGGAUCAUCUAAUUCAAACAGAAUGAAUGGAGUGAUGUUUCCUGGCUCUUCUGUACACUCAGAUGGUCGAAAUGUAAACGGACCAGGCAUGCCAAAACAGCUGAACAGGCCAAAGCUGUCAUUGUCGCCUACGCUUUCCACUAAUGGCCUCCCUGAGUGUGGAGUCAGCAAGGAGCCAGAGCCCACCGAAGAGGAGAAGGCGGAGCGGUGCAUCAGCACUGACCUUUCACUCUUGGGAGGUGAAAUCACUCCCAGCCGGACUAAGAAUAAACACACUGACGAGGAAGAGCAAGAGGAGGAUUCUGAUGCUGACAAGCACAACAGCAAGAGGCUAAAAGUCAAUGAAAAGCUGGAGAAGGAUGACAUGGCAAGUGAAAAUAAGGAUUCCUCGUGUACGGGCACGGAAAGAUCAUCGGCGAGGGCUGAAUCUUUAGAAGACUCUUGUGAUGGGGAAUACAAAAGUGAACCGUCUUGUCGAACACAACCCAUGAUCGACGAUUCAGAGCCCAGAAGCCCACAGGCAGGAGCAUGUGAAAAGGCGGCAGCUGAGAAGGCCCGCGGUGACAUCGCCAUUCAUCAGUCGGAGCUAAGACUGAAGGAGAAUCCCCUCAUUGAGUGCAACAUGAGGGACAGCGGCAGCGAGGGGGACUGCCUGCCCAGUGUUCAACUGGUCCUGUCGUCCUCUGGUAAUUCACCAAAUUUGUCAACAGGGGGCGAUGCAGACAAUUCAAUCUGCACAAAGACUGAAACCAAGCCUGGGCAAAGUGAAUAAAUGAGCCCGUUGACAUAACUGACUCUUGACACUGUACUAAACCACACCUAGGGUGAACUAUCCGGGUGGAACUGUAGGCUGCGGGAUCAGGAAUGACAUGGACCUGAAAGUUUCACACUUGAGAAACCUUUGCCCACUUCAGUUUGAACUAGUUGGUCAAAUAUCGACUAGUUUUAAAGGACUGAAAAGGAAAUCAUGGGGUUUUUUUUUUACUAUGGACUGUUUUUUCUAUGCCCCCACCCACCAUGUUAAUAUCUGCCCAUCAUGUACCACCUCAUAUGAGCUGAGUUAAAUCACAUCAUUGUUGGCAUGCAUUUCCAAAAGUUACUUUGGUAGUUUGAGUUGUUUUAGCCUAAGUACAGUUUUGACAUGAAGAAUGUCUGCCUCCAACUAAAUAAGAAGGCCCUUAAUGACCUUUUCUAUGGAGGAAAAGAA